UUGUUGUAAAUUCUUGUUAAUCAUGAGGGAAAUAGUUCAUAUCCAAGUGGGGCGGUGUGGUAACCAGAUUGGGUCAAAGUUCUGGGAGGUGAUCUCCGAUGAGCACGGCAUCGAUCCAAACGGCUGCUACUGUGGCGACUCCGACCUUCAACUCGAGAGGAUCAACGUGUACUACAACGAAGGGUCACCCUGCAAGUUUGUCCCACGCGCCGUCUUAGUAGACCUGGAACCAGGCACCAUGGACUCCCUCCGCGCCGGCCCUUUCGGACAAAUCUUCAAACCUGACGCUAUUGUCUUCGGUUCCACUGGAGCAGGCAAUAAUUGGGCUAAAGGACACUUCACUGAAGGCGCAGAUUUGCUUGAAGCUAUACUCGACGUUGUAAGGAAAGAAGCUGAGGGCUGCGACUGUCUGCAAGGCUUCCAACUGGUCCAUUCUCUUGGUGGCGGAACUGGCUCCGGUUUGGGGACGCUGCUGUUAGGGAACCUCACAGAGGAGUACCCAGAUAGGGUUUCCGUGACGUACUCAAUAGUGCCUAGCCCCAAAGUGUCAGACACGGUCGUCGAACCUUACAAUUCCACACUGUCUUUAAACCAACUGAUAGAGAACUCCAACCAGACAUUCUGCAUCGACAACGAAGCGCUUUACGACAUUUGUUUCAGGACUUUAAAAAUAACAACACCAACUUAUGGAGAUUUGAACCAUUUAGUGUCAGCGACGAUGUCAGGAGUGACCACUUGUCUAAGAUUUCCUGGUCAACUGAACGCGGAUUUGAGGAAACUGGCUGUGAAUAUGGUGCCGUUUCCACGACUACACUUCUUCAUGCCUGGGUUCGCUCCGCUGACGUCACGCGGCAGCCAGAUGUACCGCGCGUUGACAGUCCCAGAACUGACGCAUCAGAUGUUUGACGCGAAAAACAUGAUGGCGGCGUGUGAUCCUAGACACGGGCGCUACCUGACCGUGGCAGUAGUCUUCCGCGGUCGCAUGUCCAUGAAGGAAGUUGAUGAGCAAAUGCUGAAUAUUCAAAAGAAGAAUAAAGAGUACUUCAUUGAAUGGAUACCGAAUAAUGUUAAGACGGCUGUGUGUGAUAUACCGCCUCGUGGACUGAAGAUGUCUGGAACAUUUAUUGGUAAUACGACUGCUAUCCAGGAGUUGUUUAAGAGGAUAUCUGAGCAGUUCUCGUCGAUGUUUAGGAGGAAGGCGUUCCUGCAUUGGUAUACAGGGGAGGGAAUGGACGAGGCGGAGUUUGCGGAAGCAGACAAUAACCUUAGUGACCUGAUCUCAGAGUACCAACAGUAUCAAGACAGUACUGUUGAUCAGGAGUUUGAAGACGAGGAAGAAGGGGAAAGCCCGGGUAAUGAUGACAGUGAUGAAUGA